AACGUAAACUCUGAAAAUACACUCGAAAUCGGUGAUCAAGAAGCUCAAUUAACCAACUUUUCCGCAAUUUAUGGCAACGCAAACAGUCGGUAAGUCGGUGUGAGUUCCAUAACGCGGCCCAAACUCCUCUCCAGUGCGUGAAAAUUUUCUAAAAAUAUCCUGUAAUCGGAUCCCGCGAACACGUGGCAGUGGGUCAUUGUUACAUCGGGGCUUUUGUUGUGAUGAAGGCGAGGUUUUCCCGAUGAGAGAAGAUGUGAUGGGACUAUGAGUCUCCAUCAUCAAGAUUCACCCCCGGAGAGCAUCGGACAAAGUCCUGGCUGUGAUCCAAAAACCGCCAAACGAAACAGUGGUUUAUUUGCUUUCUUGAAAUGGUUUAAGCCCUCCACGUCGCGCGAAUCCAUAGACACGCAAAAUUCCAGCAGCUGCGACAGUUUGAAUUCCACGCAUAGCAGCGGCACCGUGGCGUCCUUCUCCUAUGUGCCCCCGGGGGACUACACCAACCAGGUCGCCGAAAAGUGCAUAGUUCUAGGUCCGGAGACCGACACCUACAAGGCGCGCCUCAAACAAAGGGACAAAAGAAGAGAAAACGACAAGAACGUCACGCUGAGGAAGAAAUACAACCUCUUCUUCAACCGGGAAACCCUGCUGAAAACCGUGAAGAAAGAAGACGACGAGAACAGCAAGAGUUUGCCUCUGAUGACGCGCCCAUCCAUGGACCAAGAGGAAGAAAAGGCCCACAGGAGGACCAACAGCGAGUCGUCCAAAACGAAGAAAGCGGGCGCUUAUUUGCACGUGAAGGGGAAACGCAGAGCGCCGCAGCCCCCAGGUCUCGCCCAACAAAGCUCCUCCACCAUGAGUCUAAGACGGAAGAAGCGUCUAGCGCCUGCUCCUCCCAGCAUCGAGAAAAUCAAAAAUACCCUAGAAAACGCCAACACAGACAUCAUUUUUAACGACUCGUUAAAAUUAGACCACGGGAUUCUAAAACCGGCUAAAGAAGCCACCGAAGACACAUCUUCGGCAAGGUCAAGUUUCGUGAUGGACGCGCCCGUUUCACCUAGACCUUGGUACAAGAGAACCGCCCGCGAAAGCAGCGCCAACAAAAAAGAAAAAGAAUCACACAAAUACGAGCCGGUCGAGCGGCUACCGGAAGUUCAGUACGUUCGGAAUUCCACCAUUGACCUAACUUUAGACGACAACAUCAAAGACAAGAAAAAAGUCGUCGAGGAGAAGAGAAAGUCGGGGAUGUCGUUCCUCACCAACAUCAGCGAGCUCGACAGAGAAGCCUCAGAGAUAGUCAAAAAAGAACACCAAAAAAACGGAAACGAGUUCCAGGAAAUACCGCAGUUCAUGCGACCGAAAGACGAACCCAAAAUAAACACGGACAGUUGGAUAUCGCCGAAGAGACGCUCCGCGAAGGAUCUGAUAGCGAAGUUCAACGCCAUCACCAACGUCACGAGAGCCACAGUAUUCGGGGUGUCCCAAAACCAGAAGAAGGACUACUUCGGGAAAAGAACGAGUCUCUUGAGCGACGACCGCAAGCAAGAGAGCCUCCUCGAGUCGCACAAGAAGCGAAUCGAACAAAUCGACCGAAAACUGAACAACCCGUUGAUGAAAUCCGAAAGCGCUAGCGCCAUCAAACCCAAACCCGAAACCCCAAAGGUUGACAGGAAGAACUGGAAGUGCCCCAAGUGCUCCGUCGAAAACGACUACUGGAGAAUCAUCUGUCACGUAUGCUCAACCAUCAAACCCUACUUCGACGACUUUUCGUCGUCCGCACCCACGAAAACCACCAACGAAGAACCCGUCGCCAAAACCCCAGACAAGGUUUUCGAACGGGCGAAAACCCAAAUCGGGUUUUCGGCUCUCGCUUCCUACAACCUCAACAACAAAAACAAGAAAAUCGAAAAGUCGGUCUCUUUGGACGAAAAAGGCACCAAAGAACCCGACACCAAGAGCGAAGAACGGGAAAAACUGAAGAAAAUGUUGAUCGAAAUGAAGAAUUCGCUCCCGAAGCGAAAGUCGAACAUUCUGAUGAAGCAGAACAGCAGACAGAGCGUGAUUGUCGAGAAUCCAGAAACCGUAGUAGAACCACCUGCAGAAGAACCAAAAACUGAAGACAAAGAAGAGCAACCAAACAAUGAAGAACCAGCAACCAAAACACAGGAGGAAAAAGUUGCAGAAAUCAUAAUCGGGACCACUGAAACCAUCUACGAAAAUAUCAAAGUCAAGAAAAUUGAUAACAGUCCUAAACCUGUCAAAGUUUCAGCUUCCGCUCAAACCAGUUCCGUGGUCAAAAAAAUCCUCCCGACUAAAGAAACCGAAAAGAAGACGAACUUCGAACUGAUGAGACCCAAAGACUUUGAAAAUAUUUACACUGACUCAAACGCACAGUCAGCGGCUCGGAUUUACGCAAAUUUGGCCCGAAACAACGAACUCUCUCUAUUUUUCAACAUGCCUAAACGCUUCAACGAAAUAAAAAAUAGCAUGAGUCAAGCUGAUAAAAAUACGGACACUAUAGAGAUUAAUAGACUGUUGAGGAGAUUGGAAACCGCGAUUGCCAAGGGAGAGUUGACGGAAGCUGCGAGUUUCGCUAAAGAAUUGGCACAACUGAAGGUAAAUUGUUCGGUGAUUAGGCAAAAACCUGCAAACCAAAGUGGCAAAAAACAAGGUUUUAACAUUGAAAUGUACGUGGAAGACAAAAUUUCACAUAGAGGACCAUUUCCUCUUGAAGUCACCCAAAACCAGACCCUUGCAGAACUGAAGAAACAAGUGGAACAAGAGUUUGAGAUUCCAGUGAAUGUGCAACGAUGGAUUCUUGGAAAGGAACUGGCGACCGACGACAGCGCGACUUUAAAAGACCACAACAUCACAACCGAGCGAUGUCCGGUGUUUUUGUACCUCGUCGCCCCAGACCCCAAAACCAUCCCAGACGUUAAAAUCGUUGCCAAUAAAGACCAGGAAGCUCCAAGCACGUCCAAAUUACCAAUAAACACGAAUGACAUCACCGGCGAAGUUAACCGAAUCCCAAAAAUCGUUGAUGUAAUUCCUAAGGUGAUUGAACCAGCUGUGAAAACAGAAACAUCCGAUAAAAGUGCAAUUUUUAAGUCUACGACCACCAUUGACGUAAAACCAGUUCAAAUAAAACCCGAAAUAAACGAGCCGAGGAGCAAUGUCAGACAGGAACCAGAGUCCAUCAAAAAGGAAGAAAAACAAGCAGAAAGUCGCGACGACAUCAAAGCCAACAUCAGAAAAAGCUUGGUGCAGGUCAGGGAGCUAGCACAAGUACAGAGAGUGGAAGCGAAGCCUGAGCAAAACCAAAUACAAAAAAAUGUCGAAAAGGACUUUAGACUGAGUUUCACUGAAAGCGCAGGCCAGAAAGUGGAAGUCAAAACUGAACUUCACGUAAAUGUGACUCCUGUAACCACUAAAAAAGAAAUAGAGCCGAUUCAAAAUCUGGCCCAAGCGGAGGAGGAUUUUGAAGAUUACGAUUCUAAAACCUUGAAGCCACCCAAAGAGUGGGAAUGCCAUUUGUGCACUCUUCUCAAUCCUGUUGCUAGUAAUGUAUGCGCCGUUUGUGCCACGGUGAGACUGAAGGAGAUCGCCCCAGCCGCACCGUCGAAGAAAUCUCUCAAGAAAAAAGCCCCCCAGCCUCAAGCUAUGGGGGAGUCGUCCAAAACUGAUCAAACGUAUUUGCAGCUAGUCAAUUUAGACAAUAAGGAUCUAGUAGAAAACAGAGAACCGUUCGAGUGUGUUGUUUGUUUUAUGGAAAUAGCACCCGGUGAAGGAGUGACCUUAAGGGAGUGCUUGCACCAGUUUUGCAAAAUCUGUUUGGCUCACACUGUAGAGUACACAGAAGACGCGGAAGUCAAAUGUCCCUACCGAGACAACGACUACUCCUGCAACAUAGCGCUACAAGACAGAGAAAUCAAAGCUUUAGUGACCCCCCAAGUCUACGACAAUUAUCUCGCAAAAUCGGUUUCCGAAGCGGAAAACAAAAUCGGGAAGUCGUUCCAUUGCAAGACUCCAGAUUGUAGAGGGUGGUGCAUUUUCGAAGACAACGUGAACGAGUUUAGGUGUCCGGUUUGCAGGAAAUUAAAUUGUUUGACUUGUCAGGCGAUCCAUACGGGGUUGAACUGCAAGCAAUACCAGGAGAAAAUGAAUCAGGAGUCCGAAGUGGACGAAGACGCACGAAGGACCAAAGAAAUGGUCGACGAGAUGGUGAGGAAAGGUGAAGCUUUAACAUGCCCGACUUGCCAAGUGAUAUUAAUGAAAAAAUGGGGCUGUGAUUGGGUAAGGUGUUCAAUGUGCAAAACUGAGAUCUGUUGGGUGACCAGGGGACCGCGCUGGGGCCCCGCAGGCAAAGGUGAUACUUCGGGGGGCUGUCAGUGCGGAGUCAACGGAGUCAAGUGUCACCCACAGUGCAGUUAUUGCCACUAAUUAUUUAUACUCUAGUUUCUUGAGCAUUUGUAAUAUUUUCUUAAGCGAAAGAUAUUUUUAGCGUUUUAUAUAAGUGACUUGUAGAUAUAUAGAUUUUUUGUUAUUUUAAAUGACUGAUGGC